UGACAGACCACACCCAGAUCCAAACGUAUCAUUCACAGAUUGAAUGUUCGAGAGUGUCACGAUGGAUCGCCUCGAAUCCUCCGACGUCCACAGCCGGCUGGAUGCUGCGCAAGCGGCGCCGUUCUCGCUGCCUGGCCCCCUGUCUGGUCAGCCCUUUCGCAUUCCGAACCUUGUCGUCCGUGGGUCUUCAGCUGGCACAGCCUCCAGCAAAGCAUCGCAGCCUUCUUCGCGACGCGUUGCGGAAAAAGGCGACCCAUCGGAUGCAUCGACUCCCUUGACAGCGCGUCCUGGCAGUGCGCAUACAUUUGCUCGUUAUCGCUCCGACCAAUUUGCAGUCUCCGCUAUGAGCCAGGCACCGCUCACUCCCUCCCUUCGUAGCCUCUCACCUGCACCCAGUGAUGUGACUGUACGCAGUGGACCUGCCAGCGCGACGAUUCGACUAAAUGCUUUGCCCGCAAGCUCUCGCACGGACGCACAGAGAAGUAGCUCCGCUUUGUCACGGAGCGCUCGGGCAUUCACCUCUGCCCACGGGCGUGCCAGACCAUCCACGGCGCAGAGUGCUGGUAGGCCGAACACUGCUGCCUCCGAGCUGGGUGUGCCUCCAAGCUCGUGGAUAUGUGCCAUUCUGGAGAAUCGAGGGGUCGGGCGUGAGGUUGGCAUAGCUGCCAUGGAGAAAGACACUGGCCAAGUCAUCGUUACGCAGUUUGCGGAUACGCAGACAUACGUGAGGACCGUGCAUCACUUGAUGCUUCAUCCUCCAGCUACUGUACUCGUGCCGGAUACAUGCGCCUCUUCCGCGGACUAUCCAGAUCCCGGAUCUAACGGCACAGCGAUCGAGUCUUCGAUCCUUGUGUGCACAAUCGAAGACACGUUCGAUAUGGGAAUUCUACCCUUUGCGAGAAAGUUUUGGAAUCACGAGGAUGGCGCCAAGGUUUUGGAUAAAGUGCUCGUGGACGAUGUGCUCACAGAGUCCAUGAGUAGAGAGCGCGAAAGCUCGAACUCGGUAGACAGUUCUGCUCACGCUGGUACGGAGUUGCUUGCGGGAGCUACGUCGCGGGUCGCGAUACUUAAGGCGAUUGGAGACCGCUACUAUGCCCUUGGAGCGUGCGGCGCGUUACUCAAAUACGUAGAGCGCAGCAGCAACUAUGCCCUCAUCCAUCGUUCGUUACGCGUUCGCUACAGUCCUCCUGACGGAACCAUGUUAAUUGACACAGAAUCCGCUCGAAACCUCGAGUUGGUCUGCAACGGGGUGGAUCGCAAGUCCACAGACUGUCUGCUAGGCGUUCUUGACUGCACUCGCACACCGAUGGCGCGGCGUCUGCUUGUCAUGAAUUUGCUUGCGCCGCUCACGGACCAAUCCACCAUCCAGUCCCGCCUUGACACGGUCGCCGAGCUGAUAGAAGACGAAGAUCGUCACGAGGCUCUGCAAAGCAGUUUCAAAGCAUUUGCCCAAACUAACAUUGACCUCGACAAGCUCAUCAGGCAGCUCUUGGAACCAGGAGGGAAGCAUAGUAUCGGCGACCCGAGCCACACAUUCUCAAAGGUUGGCCAGGUGCUUGAGCUCUCCGCCUUGCUGCGCCAAGUCACUUCGCUCCGCACAGCUCUCAAAGGAGCUCGCUCGGGACUGUUGCGGGCCAUUGAAAGUUUUCUCAGCAAUCCGAUGGUUGAUGAAAUUGUCGACAAAAUACAGAGUUGCAUCAACCCAGACCUGAUGGUCUCCAGUAGUAAGCACAACCUUGCAAAUCGCAACACACGACUCUUUGCUGUCAAGGCAUCCCGCUCGCCUCUUUUGGACAUCGCCCGUGACACCUAUAGAGAGAACAUUGGAGACAUCCAUGGGCUUCUCAAUCGAUAUGUGGAGGAGUACAAGCUUGACAUCGAGCUUGCGUGCAACGACAGCAGCUACUCGCUGCGUCUGGCAACGACUCCUGGCAUGACUUCCCGCGAUCUGCCGCACACCUUUACAAACGUUGUCAGGAGCCACAAUAACAAGAGCUUCUCAUUCACCACGCUGACCUUGAAAAAGCUCAAUCAGCGCGUCAUCGACUCUAGCAAUGAGAUCUUGCUGAUGUCCACCGGCAUCAUCGAAGAGCUGCGAGCAGAUGUAGUGCAGCGGGUGGGAGCGCUUUACAAAGUCUCCGAGGCCCUAGCGCUCCUGGAUAUGAUCCACUCUUUCGCGAUUUGCGCUCGCAGCGCUCGAUUCACGCGUCCUGAAUUUACCGGCACCAUCCACAUCAAAGCUGGAAGACAUCCAGUAUUGGAGAAGUCCAUGCGCAACAAAAUUGUGGUGCCUCAGGAUCUUCUUGUGUCAGGCGGAGAGAACUUCUUCAUCAUCACUGGACCAAAUCACUCUGGCAAGACCACCUACCUGCGACAGACAGCGUUGCUACACGUCAUGGCAUGUGUCGGCAGUUUCGUGCCUGCGGUGUAUGCUUCAUUCAGGCUACACACCGACAGCAUUCUGACGCGGCUUUCGAAUAACGACGACCAAGAGACGAAUUUGAGUACCUUUGCAAGUGAACUGCGUUCAACGGCGUACAUUUUAUCACUAGCAUCCAAAGACAGCCUUGUGCUGAUUGACGAGCUAGGGAGGGGCACCUCGCCGCACGGUGGCUUCGGCGUUGCUCAAGCCGUGGCGGAAGAGCUCAUCGCCAUGGCAGCCCCCACACUCUUCGCAACGCACUUUACGGACCUUGGUAGGACUCUUGGUCAUCAUCCGAACGUAGUCUUCCAUCGGUUCUCAUCAAGUCAUGCCCAGCAGCGCUUAAAUGUGGUGAGCACAGCGUCGACCGACACAAUUCACCAUCUUGAGCGAGGAAUCCUUCCAAAGUGA